CAGGCGACACGCGGGCGUGGAUCGCUCCCCUUCCAGCCCCCGUGCUCCAGAGCAGGUAAAGAGAGCGGCUGCCAACCGAAGAGCCUUGCCGUGAUGAGAGGGAGGAAAAGCAGCCCUCACUUUGCAAAGUUCCGGGUCCGGGGAGAACUUUUUCUCCUGCAGGCUCGGCCUGAAUUGCUUGCCGUGAAGCCUGCUCGCAUUGCCCCCGGCUUUUCCCACAUGCAGACUUUUCACGUGCAGGAAAGACAAUGGAGGCGUCCGCACGCGUAUGGCCUGGGGGCUGUAUUUUCGUCCAAACGCUCCCCUGGGCUUGCGUGCAUCCUUAGGCUUAUUUAAUUGUGGAAUGUAAUCAUGCCCAGCUGCACAUUAGAGCCUGCUGUGCUUCCAGAGAGCAUCAUUAUUCAGCACUUUGUUUGCCCUUCCCCGUUUCCAGAAAAGACAAUUUUGUAUGGUUUUAAGAGACCUGACCUUCUUCUCUAUAUCUGGCUAUGGAGGGCAUCAGGAAUGGCAUUACAAAUGGACUCACUGCUCGGUUUUGAAAGUAUUUUAGAAGGGCUUUAUGGACCAAGGCUACGAAGAGACCUCAGUUUAUUUGAAGACUGUGAACCAGAAGAAGUGACUGACUGGUCUAUGGAUGAAAAAUGUUCCUUUUGUAAUUUGCAUAAAGAAAUAGUCAGUGAUCCUACAGCAGUUCUUGGUUCUUUGCAGUCAACGCCUACGGAGGAGCUGUCAUCUCAGGGCCAGUCCAACACUGAUAAAAUUGAGUGCCAAGCAGAGAAUUACCUAAAUGCACUCUUUCGCAAGGAAGAUCUUCCUCAGAACUGUGAUCCUAACAUUCCCCUAGUUGCUCAGGAAUUAAUGAAAAAGAUGAUCCGUCAAUUUGCAAUUGAAUAUAUUUCAAAAAAUAGUAAACUGCAAGAGAAUCGAAACGGUUCGUCAUAUGAAAUGAGUCUGAUACGUAAAGAUAUCCAAAUGAACCAAACCGAAAAUCCACUUCAGGAAGAACAAGAUAGCCCUCUAGACCUCACUGUGAAUCGAACACAAGAGCAGGAUGCUCAGCAAGGGGAUGGAGUGCUAGAUCUCUCUACAAAGAAAACAAGCUUGGAACAGUCACAGUAUGAUGGGUCGUGUUCUGAAAAUUCAUUGUCUGGUUCAAGUACAGCUGCUGGUGCAAAACUAGAGGAAACAACUAAAUUGGAAAGAGGAAACUCUACUCUAAACAAGGUGUUGGCUUCAUUAUGCUCGUAUCAUUGGCAUCAGAUUUUAGCCAUGUUGAAAUUUUUCAUCCAAGAAUCAUGUUAUUCAGGUUGCAGUAGCCAACUGCCUUACCCUAAAUAUUCUGAGAGAGAGGAAGAUGAGGUGCAUGUUCCAGGCUUCAGUUGUGAUGACAACGUGCUGAUGAAAAGGUGCUGUUUACAAAAUGUAAGACCAAAUAAGGAUUGCUUGACAUGUCACUCAGUGGCCCCUGGGUAUGUUAACACAGUGGUGAACAAAGGAAAUUCUCUGUUUUGCAAUCUUCAUGGGUGCUGUCCCAAGCAAUUACAACUGUGUAAGAUCCAUUCUACCAGAGCCGAGUUGUAUACGUACCUCUUUUCAAGAGAGCAAAAGGUUAACAAAGGAAGCCGAGGUCGCAGCCCUUCACCACCUCCAUUGUCUCCUGUGGAAGCUGAUGGGUACAAUUCUCCGAAGGAAUUGGCUGAAGGUUCUAUAGCUUUAGAUAACAGACUUGAAAAAAAUUGUAACCAGCCUCCCUCUCUCUUUCCUGCUGAAAAAAGUUCUGUACACAAACAGAAAGAUCAAACAUAUGUUGCAGAAGUGCCCAGUAACCUGCAGGAAGGCAUUCUAAGUGUGAAUCAAGAAAAUAGCCUUAUAAUUUCUGAUAAGCUUGAAAAAGUUGAAAAUGCUGAUGCAUUUCAGAAUUUAAUGGAUCGAAUCAAUGAGAAAUUGAAAUCAAUAGAAACUACUGAUACAGAAAUACUUGCAAAGUUACCUAAGAGUGAUGGGAGAACAGAAGCUGAUACUAAAUUUCGGAGCUUCAUUACAUCUCUUUUACAUGAUGCUAAGGCAAAUGAUUAUAAUUUUACGGAAUUACUGGACCAACAUGAUAAGGAAAUGGAAAGUAAAAUUAUCCAAACAAGAUUUCGUAAACGACAAGAAACUUUGUUUGCAAUGCAUAGUUCUCCCAAUUCAUCUCUAUUUAGACGACAGUCUUUGCAAAUCAAAAGAGAGUUGGCUAGCCUUGAUGAAACAUUCUUAAGAAAAAAGGCAAAUUCACAGAGAAAAGUUAAAAAACAUACAAAGAAUCACAAUUAUACUACAUUAAAAGAGCUUGAUUUGCAAAGUAAUGAAAAUAAAGAGGGGCCAUUUUCUCCUAAGUCAAAGCUUUUGCCACUAUGUCAAGAAGAAAUGAUAGAACUACCUCUCAUCAGUUCAGAAAUCAAUUCUGAUUUUGUGGCAUUUUCAGCAAACGGCUCUACAACAUCUCAAACCAUUUUGACUAAAACACACGGAAACUGUGGAAUUGAACUACAUGUGGAUCCAGUUGGUGUGAAAAGAGAUAAUGAUAGAGGCCUGGAGAGGACCAGGCAUAAUGUUUUCUCUCCUAGGUGGUGCUCUUUGUAUGUAACAAACAAUUUUUUAUUAAAAAAAAACACAAAAUCAAAAUCUACUGCUAGCAUGGAAAGGGAUAAAAUGCUCAAAGAUUUUCAGGCUAGCAAUGAAAAUAUAAAUAAGAUUAUGCAGAAAACCAAUCUACAUGUUGUUGUAGAGCGUUUGGAAGAUACAAUAAAUAUGGCUCAAAAGUCCGCAAAGCCCAUGUGUAAUGGCUAUAAAAUAUUGGGCAAAGUGAAAGACCUUCAAAAGUCUGAUGCCAACAAUAAAUCUAAAAGUGGCCUUCUUAUUAGCAUGAGUGAAACUGGAAGUAAGGGACAAUAUGUGUUAUCACAGAGUCAUUUACCAUGUAGAAAUAGUAACAAAAAUGAAUGUGUGCCAAAAAAAGAAAAUGUAUCUUAUGAAGAAUAUGAAAGACUUUUGAAACCCUCAACUUUAGAUUCAAACAUGUUGACUUUGAAUAAGGAGGAGUCACGGGGAAAUUCUCAUUUGGGGGAUAAUUCAUCAACACUGAAUUACACUAGUCCUAUAAAACUUAUGUUCCUUUCUGAGAUUAAUAGCAGUGAAGGAAUCAAGUACACACUAACCUCUGUAAAUGAUUCAUCCAAAUUAAACAUUGAUCUUUAUUCUCUUCAGGAGAAAACAAACAAGCUGUUCACAAAACAGUUGGAGGCAAAGGAUUCUGAUGAAAAAGCUUCUAUUGAUGAAUGCAGUUGUAAUGGAAAUAGAGAUAAAAAUGAAGUGGGAACUGGUUUUCCUACAACAGUUGCCGCUGAAACCAAUCCUAAGCCUAAGGAAGACCCUGUGGAACAAGGCAGCAGUGGAUCCUCCCUGAAAAGAAAACCUGGGAGACCCAAAAAAAUUGGUCCUCAGGUUGUGAAACAAAUUAAGCGACCAAUUGGACGACCUCCCAAACCAAAAGUUGAUGUGGCUGAAAAUGGUAGUGAUAGGAGGGACUCCAUUAGUGCUGUGAAAAAUGCCAACUCUAACACGGAAUGCUUAGAGGAGGGUAACAUUUACAAAAAUAUUACAGUGACAGUCGUAUUUGGAAGGUCACGAAGGACUAAGAGGUGUGUUUCAGAAGGUAGCCUAAAUAUAGUUAAAACUAUACCAGGACCUCACAGCUACUGCAGUGUUGUACGUGACCCUGAUCAAAUGAUACAGAGCUCAGAUGCCAGGAACAAUUUGCCAAAAACUAAAAGUAUGCAAUAUUCUACAACAGAAAAGACCUCUGCAUCUGGCUAUGAGUAUGUUAGACCACUAGAAAGCAGCCCUGUGCUACCAUCCCAUUGCAGCAAUAUCAGACCAAACCAGAAGCCUUUAAAUAUAAUUAGAAAACCUGGUAGGCCAGCAAAAGUAAAAAUAUCUGGCAUAUCAGUGACUGUUAAUCAGAUUUCAUCUCAGGAAAGAAAAGUGUGUAUCAACAGCUGCCUUCCUCCCUUAGAACAAGACGCUGUGUCAGGAAGAAAUGAGUCACCUACAAAGGAUGCUAAGCAAUGCAAUAGAAGAGAUGAUUUUAAAAGCCUUUGGAAUGAUGAAGCAGGGAAUUUUUCACCCAAGAUUAUCAUUGCUUCAAAAAAGUCUGAAACUCAUUUGAGACACUCUUUUAGAAGACCAUCACUGCCUUUUUUACAUUCAUUAGCAUCUUCUAGCUCAUUUUCUUGUAAACGUGCCUUUUUACAAAAACCAUGUAAACUGUGCUUGAGAAAUGGUAAAGAUCACAAAAUAAAGCAUUCAAAUACGCCACCCAAACAUACCUCAAUAAAUCUAAGUCCUGACAAUGCAAAAAAUAGUUCUGAGAAUAGUAAACCCAGAUCCAUUGGUGAAAUGACAUUGGAUCCCAUAAUUUCAUCCAAUUCCCUUAGGUGGUGGGAUCCUUCCAUUUCUAAUGAUUCUUUGUUAAAAGAACUAAACAGUAGAUAUGACCAGAUAACUAAGACCUGGUUGCAUGUGAAUGGAGAAGAAUAUGAGAAAUGUCUGUAUGACGGAGCACGCCAUAUUGAACAGGACGGUAGAAUUAAAGUAUCAAAUCCUUUGGACUCUUGCAUUUUGGAACUGGAAAAUUCACCUAUAAAAAUGCUUUUCCAGAAGAAAUGCAAUAUAGAUGAACUGUGUGCAUGGUUUAUGCAAACAACAGAAACACAAUCACUAUCACUAGUCAGAAAAGCAAAUGCACGUAAUCCUUUUGAAGUAAUUAGUACAAGGCAGCUUAAAAUGGGAACAAGACAAUAUGAUUGUAAUACUAGUCCUUUGAGAAAGCACUUUAAAAAAUUUGCACUGUCCACACCUUCAAAGUCAACAGGAAAGUUGCAGCUUCUACAUAAAAUAGUCAGAUCUCAAGUCUUAAGCAGGAAGCAUAGCUUCACCUUAACUAAAUUAAGAACCAAAUUUGAAAACUUGCAACAUGAUCGAUGGCGACAAGUAAAAAAACUGUACAAUCAUGGAACAGCUGACUGGAAAUCAAAAAAGAGAAACUUGCGAUUCUUCUGCCAAAGUCAGUGUUUGACUAACGCAAGUAGGAAACUUAACAAUAAAAUACGUACAAGCCUUGAGAAUGGCCCAGUAGAAACUCAACCACCUACAACUUUGUUGGAAUCUUACAGAAUCGCUUCAGCAACUGGAAAUGAAAUCAGAGGUGCAUUUCUUCAACAAAAUGCACAAUUGUCUGACCUCAGCACAAAGUGUGACUCAAUCUCGAUUUGUAGGCCAAGUACUAAAUCCACAUACGGCAAUCAGCAAAAUAUUGGAAAAGUGCACAGCCCUGAUGAAUUUAACGAAGGCGCAUGGAGAGGGCAAACUUUUAAGGAUUGCCGAAUAUUUUUGAAGAAAAUUAAUCCCGUGGAUGAACAGCAUGCUUUUAAUAAGAACCUUGCCAUCUGUAGUCCAGAGUCUCUGGAUCAUCGUACCAGCCACAGCUACUGCCCGGAAAAAAAAUGUGGUUCUUUGAGGUCCCCCUCUGCUCUGCAGAGCAUGACAGAUAGGGGUGAAAGGAACAGAGGAGCUUCUAACAGAACCAGGCACUCCAGCUUGCUCAAAGGGCUGCGCAUGGAGCAAGACCAUAAGAAGUCAAGCAAACGCGUCGCUUUUGAGGACAGCCCUACGGAAACCCCUAAAAAAAUGAACAAGCGGAGGAAGAUGCAGUGCAAGUUCCCUGAGCUGAAUAGAAGGAAGAGGAAUAAGAAGCGGUUAUGCAGCACUGGCCAAAUAUCAAACUGUUACUCAAAAUACCACCUGGGUCCUCUUAAACCCGUUGGGCUGCCUUUGCUGGGUGGACUUGCUAGCAGAGCUGUUGAAUACUCCAUGAUCCCAUUCCAAUUGCCUCUCCAUGGAAGCUCUCAAGUAAAUCCCAUGAAUUGUUAAAAUGAAUUCAUCUGUCAUCAUCCCAGAGAAGCAUGCAAUACUGUGAAUGAUUGUAAAACUGAGCAAGUCAUUGCUGUACUAACUAAACAAAACUGCUUUGAAGAGCUAGACACUCAAACUCCUUUCUGGAGGCUGCGUUUAAUUGAAUGGAAGUUGUUGCAAGAUGGGCUAAGAGCUACUUCUGUUUAUGCACAAGUUAGUGAGAAGCUGUCCUGUAGGAUGGUGUCCAUGUUUAUUAUGCGAAGGAUCUAAGGACUGACUCCUUGGAGACAUGCUUGUCCAAGUAUCUUAAGAAUGCUAACCGUUCUAACCAUAUGGCUGCACAUUGGCUUCCAAAUGUUACCCCCACCCCCCCAGUGAAUAAUACUACAGUGGAACUUCUUUUACCUCUUUCUUUGUGACAACUUGCAUGCCUAUUAGGAUGCGCAUCUUAAGAUUCUUAAUUAAUUUUCUGCUAGGUGCCCACCUAGCAGAUAUAUUCUGCUAGGUGCCCACCUAGCAGAAUAUAUCUGAUAGGGCAACUUCAGAAACCUGGGUGUAGCCCUAUUUUUCCAUUAUAUGCUAAAAAUAGCCUUUUAAUCUGCAGAGUUUCCUGAAGACCGCCCCUCUGGUGGGCAGUGCAAUUGGCAAUUUGUCCUGGAGGCCCUGUACUUCAUCUGGAAUAGGCUUACAGGAACAAUGAAGUACCAAGUGCGGGACAGGCAUUCGCGUUCUGAACAAAAGAGAAAAUUAAUAUGAGACACCCUCGAGAAACAUUUAGCAAAGUUAUGGAUGAGGUUUCUCCAGCCUAGGGUUCAAGCCAUGAAAUUCAGUUGAGUUCAAAUUAACAUCAUGCUACCUUUCUCUUGGUUUGUUAGUGACAGCCUGCUUCUAUUCCCAGAUUUGUCUUGUUACAUCAGGGCUCCACAAAGUAUAAGAUACGAUCAGGGGGCACUAGAUGUUUCUUAAAUUAUUUUGUCCUAGUUGUACCAAGGCUGAUAAUGUUUAUUGACUGAAACUUGUAUGGUUUAUCAAUGAUAUUUCUAGUAAGAAAUCUGCCUCUACAUCCAGUUGCUUGUCAUAUUUUGUACUUUAUCUUGGUUAAGUGGUACCCUUUGGUGGAUUGCACAAAUCUCAAAGACCUUAGCUUUAGAAAACGUUAUUUUGGCACAAGGGGAAAAGGGGUAUGCCUCUGUGGAGGAUGAAAGCUACCCGUUGGCCUCUCUCCAGAGACAGACCUGCCAGACUGCCAUCAGAGGGCAAGACAAUCAUAUAGAGCUUCACUGGUGGUGUACUUUGCAGACGUCUUACUCUUCUCACCUGAGAUAUCUGCACGGACACAUCAGAAAGACUGGAGCAACGAGAGGCUAAUGCACGUGUAUUUUACUUGGAUAAUGUUUCUUUAGUACUAGAGCAAUGCAAUCUAGCUUUGUGUUUAGCUUUGCUUGAGAAACGGAGUCAUUUUUUUUAAGUUCAUGGCCAAUCUAACCAUAGGAGGCAAAUUAUUCUGUGUUCAUAAAUUCAUUUUCAAAGUACGUUUUAAAUCAGUUCGUAAAAGUGCCAGACUUCUAACACUUUGCACUGAUUCAGUGUAAGAGGAACAGAUGGAUUGUAUAGCAUUUGGGAAAAGUAUAACUGCAAGGCAGGCGAUCCCAUUGUGAUUGUUUCUACAGUCUCUGUUCCAGGAGCUAUGUAAAACCUUUGCACCGUAUGCUGAUGUCAGCCUUUCAAGGUAAACCAGACUAGGAAACCAGAGUUAUGAAUACUAAUACUACUUUUAUUAUAA